CCGGAUACACGUCGUGCGUGUUACAUUUAUUUGGGUCCCGCUUUGCGAGUAGUGUUGGCUCCAAUUAGCUACAACGGAUACAGCUAAUUAUUUUUAUAUUAUUUUCGCGUUUUUUAAUCGUAUUCAUACUUUAUUAUUGUGAAUAGUUGUUACAGCCAGGAGCUAUCAUGGCGAGCCGGGUCUCUUUACACUCACAGCUCUCCUCCAUCAUUGAGACAAUGGCCAUGUCCGCCCUGAUGCAGGUCUGUGAGCUGGUGGAUGAAGACUCUGCGGAGCUCCGUCUGGGGUUGUCUCAGCUCCUGGCGGCUAAUUCAGCCCUGGUAGAGAAAGUCAACAGUCUGGAGUGCGAGCUGUCGACUGUGAGAAGCGAAGCUCCUAGGUUGUGUAAAACUAAUUGCAGUGUAGGCGUGCAAACUGUAUGCCAUACAGACGGGGACGCUUAUGUGUCUGGGUCGCCCACCAUAGAGGGGAUCUUUGGAAAAGAUUGGUGUAUGAAUCUGUGGAAAGACAGAGACCCAUACAGUUUUGCGGGAGACUCACCACAGUGCUCUGACUCUGUGGCGACAGAGUCCAACGAAAUUUCUGUUACUGAAAUCAAAGAGGAGGAUUGUGUGAAGGAAGCUCCCAGCAACUGCCAGGAAACACUUUGUACAGAAGAAAAUGAAGAAAGCACAGCAGAGGAACCAGAGAUACUGUCAGUCGGUAACUUGGCCCAUGGCAGCACUUGCAGCCUGUCAUUAGAUCAGGAUGGAGAACAGGUUGUGUGUGCAGGUGGUAUGGAAGCACCGCUCAUGCAGAUGAUAUCCAUCAAUGACACAGAGGAUGCCUUCAGCACUCUUAAUAGUCCAAUUGAAGAGGAGGACGAUAUAACUUUCCCUGAAGAAAUUCAGCAAGAGCUUAUGAUAAACACUAAAGAUGGUCGCAGAAACUCUGAAAACAUCGCUGCUCUGGAUGAGUUACUUGAUGACUUCAAUAUGCCUGGUGUAGAAUCCGCCGGAAAUCAAGAGAAGGAAAUAUUUACCUGCCAAAUAUGUAGCAGGACUUUCUUCCACAAGCGCACUCUUACACUGCACAUGAAGUCCCACAAGUCAAACUUUUGCAAUAUUUGUAAGCAACAUUUUCUUCGCAAGAAUAAGUUAAAGUCGCACACCUGCAUGUCUCAGGUCCAGCCUCACAGAGACAGUAAAUCAUGUGAGAUCUGCGGGAAGACCUUUGCAAACCCAUCAGCUGUGAGGAUUCACUAUGUAGUCCACACUGGAGAAAAACCACACAGGUGUGGUUUAUGUGGGAAAGGGUUCACCCAGAAAGGCAAUCUGAAAUGUCACAUACGUAUCCAUACUGGAGAGAAACCGUUCUGCUGUAUUAAAUGUGGGAAGACAUUCACACAAAAGGUCAACCUCAACCAUCAUUUAAUGGGACACAAAGAUCUUAAGGACUGAUAGCUUGGAGACAUCGUAAAGGCUUCACGCCUUGAUUGUGGUGCAUGGACAACAUUUCUUUUUUUUAUUGGAAUACAUUAUGUGCUACUUCUCACAUUGGUGUAAGUGCACCAACUGUCAUGUACAUACACUUAUAGUAUCUGUAGGAUACUUUUAAAAAUCCUAGUAUUAAGCAAGUCACUGUUUUAGUUAUUUCUGUUUUUGCAAUAAAACACAUGUUCAUUUUAUUAAACUUCUGUUUGAUAGAACUCUCCUUUCUUAA